GGAUAAAGAAAAAUCCCACGUAUAUAGAUGUGUUCGUGACCCCAAAAUCCCGUACCAAAACAAAGUUGCAAAAAGAACUCCAUGGCUCCUCCUCGUCCUCCGCCGCCGCCGCCGCCCUCCUCCAAGUCCCCACCUCCCCCUCCCCCUCCUCCUAAACCCUCCCAUUUCACCCCCAUUCAAGAGUGUGAUAAAGAGGAACAGGAAGAUGAUCUCUGUACGGAGUCAACGGACAGAGGAGCGACCAGUACUGCUACCACUCCAAAGCCGACGCCUUCCGAUCACAAAAACGGCAGACGCCACAGCAGAAAACGGUCGGAGUCUGCGGAGUCGGCUAAAACCGAGGAAGCAGCCGACGGGUCGGUGUCCUGCAACAAGUGCCGACCACAUGCUCGCGAAAAGAUCUCUGUCGUUCCGCUCGAAAACAGGACGUCCCUGUCGUUGUCGACGGCGAGCCCCAACGGCAUUAUCAGGUCGAUUUUGUCUUCGUUUACUCGGAAGAGUCCGAAAACGCCGACGACGGCGAUGGACUACGCUGCGGCGGCGAGGGAGGAGCAGUGGAAGAUAGCGGUGGCGGAGCUUUCGCACAAACUAGUUCACGCUACGAGGAAGAGAGAAGAAGCGCAAUUGGAAGCCUCGAGGCUCAAAUACUCCAUGGCCGAGCUGGAGAAAAAGCUCAACAAGCUCGAAAUCUACUGCCAUGGUUUGAAAUCCGGGCUCGACGAAUGCAGCAGCAGCAAUUCAUCUCCGUACCAGUUGACCAAAACCCACAUCAACCGGCGGCGGAGCUUCGGCGGGUCAGGGUCAAACGAUGCCGUCGAGAAGAUGGUUGUCGAGAAUUUCCUGGUUUCCGUCUCGGAGGCUCGGAAUUCGAUCAGGGGGCUGAGCCGGUCGCUCACGAUGCAGCUCCGCCACAUGGGUUUCGGAAAGGUGAACGAGAAAAUCUCCGGGCUUCUCCAACCGUACGACGUGAAGCUCUCGAUUUCGAAAAACCCGAAAAGCUUGCUGUUUUACCUGGAGGCUCUGCUGAACCGGGCGUUCUUCGACGAGUUCGAAUCCCCCGGGUUUCAGAAACACUCGGUUGUCCAAGUUCUGAACCCGGUCGAGCGGUCCGAGGCGAACUACACGUCGUUUAACGUGCUCAGGGGAUUAACGUGGGACGAGGUUUUGAUUAAGGGGACUAAGCAUUUUAGUGAGGAGUUUAGUGGGUUUUGUGAUCGGAAAAUGAGUGAGAUUGUGGCUAUGUUGGGUUGGAAUCGGGCGUGGCCUGAACAGCUGCUGCAGGCAUUUUUCGGGGCUUCAAAGAGUGUAUGGUUGGUUCACCUUUUGGCGAAUUCGGUUCACCCGGGGUUGCCGGUGUUUCGGGUCGAUAAAGGGGCCGGGUUCGAUCCGGUUUACAUGGAGGACAUGGGCGGGGACAAGGCCAGGAAGUUGGUUCCGGCGGUGGUGAGGAUCAUGGUGGCGCCGGGGUUCUAUGUGUAUGGGAGUGUAGUCAAGUGCAAGGUGAUAUGCAGGUAUAACACCAGCAAGGGUUUGACUCAGUCCCCAACUUAAUUAGAGGUUAAUCAAAUUUAAUUAGUUUAUUGUUAUACUUUAUCUGCUGCUGUUUUAUGAUCUAAUUAUGUGUUAAUGGUUGUGUACUUGUUGUGUUGUGUAAUUUGGUGUUUGCAUGGGAUAUGUUAAUUUUGACAUUUUGGGGUCAAAUGAAGGUAUAAAGUGGCCAUUUUGUAUGUUAUGUUUUCUUUAAUUAUUCACAAUUUGGGUUUAAUUAGACCCAAUGUUCA